AUGCCCGCGCUGAAAAUCCGCAUGUGGCACUUCCCCAAGAGCAUUAUGACGAAGUUGAAAGACGAGUCAACCGCGAAGACGGGUGAUACCUGGAUAUCGACCUACGGUGCCACAAUGGGAGUCCUGUGGAAGACCAUCACGCGAGCCAAACUGCCCCUCCUCAACCCGGACCUCGACACCAAGACCAUCCUUGCUCACGGCCUCAACACGCGAGCCAAGAUGCAGCCGCCUCUUACCGACAACUUCAUGGGCAACGCCGUAGCGCUGCCUCGCACCGAGCCUCGGGCCAUCCGCGAUAUCCUGGCCGACGGCAACUUGACCGAGAUGGCGGCGGCCGUGCGGUGGCCGCAUCCGCAGUUUGAGGGGUAUUGCUUCAUACUGCCGAGCCGGGCUGGCAUGGAGGCGGAAGGGAGUGAUGAGGGUCUCGAGGUCAUCGUAUGCUUGGAGGAGUCGUGCCAUGAUCGUUUGUUCCAAGACGAGGAGCUGCAACGAUACGCCCAGCCGCGAGGGUUUGACGCGUAG